GGGUAACAAUAAAAAGGAGCGCGACACACCUCGGUAAAGUGGCUGUCCACGGAAAGUUCCGGCGAGGCAAGAAACGAUAUAAAAGACACCAGGCGGAAUCAGCGACAAAUUUCGCUACUUCGGAACCGAAACCAAUCAUUUACAAGAUGAAGAUACCGUUUCUCAUCCUCUGUCUGGCCGUGGUGUAUGGAUCCUGCCGGACAUACGAGUCUGAGGAAACCGACUUGACUACGGAGAUAGAAAAUAAUGAAGAUUAUAAAUUGGACUAUGCAAAUGUGCCUCUUGAGAGAUUACUCUCAAGGCACAGCAGAGGCUUAUUAUCACCACAGAAUAUAAUAAAACCAAUUACAAUCCCGGUAGAUAUGAUACUAAAAUUAUGUGGAUUUGAUGAUGGUAUUGUAGCUGCAACUCUAAGUACGAUGAAAACAACACUUGGUGUAUUUAUGGGACAAGAUUGUCCCAAAGUAGAAUUAUCCCUCGGAACGUUCGUAAAUAGUAUACUAGAUCCAAUCGGAGCGGUUAAAACCGUAGCAUGCUAUGUUGUCCAAGGAGUUGGGACACAAAGCCGUGCAAUGAUGGGGAAAGUAUUAGACUUAUCCAUGCAGUUCUGUACACAGGUAUUCCUGCCAGGAAUGCACACGACGCUAAAUACACUAAACAGCACUGGCAUGUUACCCCCACAAAUUAGUGCUAUGAUCGCGAUAUUCAAUGUAGUUUAUGGUGUGUUAAAAAUGACGGGAACUGUUCCGAAAUAAAAAGUAUUUUCCACUCUUCAAAGCACGUUAAAUCUGUAAAAUUAUAGAAAAGCACAAUAAUUUAGAAAAAUAUAUUUUAAAAAAUAUAUUUUUCACUUUAUAACAGCCUUUUAAUUCAAAAUAAGGCCAGUAUUAAAAUUUCAGUCGCAAUGUAAAAAAUCAACAAAUAUACAAAAAAUAAAAUUAACAAGUCUGUCCAGGCGUUAAAAAGGCUUGUGCAAAAUUAAUAUAAACAAAGUAUGAGUUGUUUAAAUAAUUAAAACAUUUUAAUAUAUAUAUAAUUAUUAAUGCAAUUCAUAUUUUGUCAUGUUUGCAAUUUUUAAUAAUGUUAUGACAAAUUAUACAUCCUUCCUAGUCUAUACGAUAAAAAGAAUAGUGAUAAAAACAGACAAUAAAACAAUUGAAUUGUA